AAACAUGGAAAAAAAUCUUGGUUUUAUAACUAGUUUUGACGGUGAAAUUUUACAUAUCUUUGCACAGAAUAAUCAAGUUGAUUUAUUAGAAAAAGCACUCAUUGAUGGUACAAACGGUAAUAUAAAUUCAAUUGAUAAAGAAGGACGAACUAUACUUCAUGUUGCUGCAAAACACGGAAAGGUGGAUUGUGUUAAACUGUUAUUGAAAAAAGGAGCUAAUCCAAAUGCAUGGUCUUCCAUUGGAGAUCAUUGUUCGACACCACUUCAUCAUGCAGUUGCUAAUGGAAAACCUAAAUGUGUAGCUGCGUUACUUGAGUAUGAAAUAAACUUUGAUUUGAAAAAUAGUAAAUCUAAAACAGCACUUGAUCUUGCAAAAGAGAGUAAUACGCUUGAAGGUCGUUAUUGUGCUGAACUUAUCAAGGAAGCUAUUAUUCAGAAGGAGAUUGAAAUUGAAGAAAAAAAGUCAGAAGUUCUUUAUGACUUGGUUUCUGCAGGAGAUUUCAUAAAUACGAAACACAUUCUUGAGACUAUGAAGGAUCCAUACUCUAAUAUAAAUAAAUACUAUCGAGGAUAUAAUACACUGUUAUAUUGUGCAAGCCACAAUGGGUUUAAAGAUAUUGUUCAACUUCUAAUAGACUAUAAAGCUCAUGGUCAACCAAAUGCUGAAAAUGGACUUACACCUCUUUAUGAUGCAUGUUUUCAUGGCUAUUAUGAUGUUGCUGUUCUACUUUGCAAGGCUUUUCCAAAUCAGUUGGCAAUGCCAAAAUAUUGUAAUCUUACAUUACCUUUACAUGCUUGUGUAAUGAAUAACCAAGAACAUAUUUUAGAAUACCUACUAACUCUGCGUAAGCCAGCAAUUUUAAAUGAAUCUAAAGAACAUCAGUAUUACGUAGACAUUAAUAAACCAAUGGGAAGUGGAUUAACGUGCUUACACUUGGCUGUGAUGUAUGGACAUGUAAACAUUAUUCAGAUGCUCUUGACCUGCAAACCCUUCAAAAAUGAAUCAGAGGAAGAAAGUUUUCCAGGUUGUUUGGUUAUUGAUAAAGUAUGUGAUACAAAAACAGCAUUUCAUUUUUCACUAGUAGUAGAAAAUAAAAAUAGCUUAAAAUGUGCAGAGAUGUUAAUUCAAAAUGGUGCUGAUGUAAAUAAAAUGUUUUAUGAUGAUAAUGUGUCAUACACUCCUUUACAGUAUGUAUGCAAAAAUGAAAAAGUUGAGUUUAUAAGGUUGCUGAAAAAAUACAAUGUUGGAGAUAUUAAUGGGGAGGCUUUGAACGAAGCAAUAGCAAGAAAUAAGGAAGAAACUGUUAUUGAGCUUCUGAAGGAUGGUGUCUUUAUUAAUGAAGAUGACCUUAAUCUUGCUGAUAAUGAAUGUGAUCGUCACUUUAGUCCUGUAACUGUAUCAUGGAAAAAUCGCUACAUAAAAAUUUUAAAUGAGAAGUGGAUCCUAAAUUCUGUGUUAAGUAUGAAUUCACAUAAAGGUUUUACAAAAACCAAUAUAUUUCAAGUUAUCACACAUAUUAAUUUAUCACAAAAUUAUUUGGAGUUGGUUCCAGUUAUCAUUUUUCAAUUGCCUUUAUUAAAAAAGCUAAAUCUUUCACAUAAUAAACUGUCAAAGUUGCCUAUUUUGUCAGAUGAUGAAAAAAAAAAUUGUAUCAAUAAUAGCGAAACUCUUUCAAUGAGCUGGAAUUGCCCUAGAUUAGAAGAACUGGAGCUUCAACAUAAUUUAUUAGAAACACUUCCAAAAAAUGUUUUUGAAAUGCCAGCAUUGCAAGCCAUAAACUGUGGAAACAAUAAAAUAUCUUUUUUACCAUUUGAUAUGUGGAUUGCUAAAUCUUUGAAAAUUUUAGUGCUUGAUAACAAUUGCUUAACUGAUUUGCCCGUUUUUGAUGAAAGUGCCAAAUCUAGUUCGAAAUUUCAAGAGAAAAGUGUUAGUGAUUCCCAAAAUGAAAGAGAAAAUAGAAAAAAAGAAGAAAAAGAUAUAGAUGUUCGCAGUAAGAAAAAUGCAUUUGCAACUUCUAAAGAAUUUCUUUUCAAAAAAAGACCUACAUGGGAAGACGAAUUUGAUGAUUCUGAUGAGGAGGAAAGCGCUUUUUCUAAAAAAAUUGGUUUGGACAAACUAGAUUUGUCAAAUAAUAAAUUUACAGAGAUUCCUUUGGGACUUGCAUGUCUUGCACCUAAUUUAACAAAAUUAAGCUUGAACCAUAAUCAAAUAGCUGUAGUUGACUGUAUGUAUUUAUUUCCAGAAAAUUUGAGUAAUUUACAGCUAGUUGGAAACAGCAUGAAAACAUUUAAUUUAGCAGAACCGAAAAAUCUUGGAUGCUAUGCUUUUGCAAAAAGAAAGAUUAGUAAACGUUUAUCUUUUCCAAAUGAAAGUUAUUUCUGUCAACAUCGCAAGCACAGACAACUAAAUAAAUUAUGUUUUCUUGAUCUCUCUAACAAUGCUCUUGAUAAUAUUAGUUUUUUUGUUUCAAAUACAUCAUUUAAGAUACCACAUACUCCCUCAAAUUCAGAGGUUUUUUGUCGAAACCUCAAAACUUUAGAUAUUUCAAAUAACAAACUGAUUAGUUUUCCUGAUGGAAUUGAAAAAUUAAAUAAAUUAAAUUGGCUAGUUGCAUAUCAUAAUAAGAUUACCACUCUCCCAUCUGAAUUAGGACUUUGUUCUGAGAUUUAUGCAUUACAGAUGGAUAGUAUCCUUUUAAAACAACUUCCUAGACAUAUUAUAGACAAUUAUGAGGAUAAGAAGAUAAAACCAUUAAUACGUCAUCUGAAGUCAUUACAUGAUAAUGCACUUCCAUUUCCAAAUAUAAAGUUGAUGUUUGUUGGUAACUAUGGAAAGGGAAAAACUAGUUUGCUUACAUCCUUGAGGAAAAAAGGAAAUGGUAGCUAUCAAAAUCCAGACUACAAAUUUCAUUUUUUUGAUCGAAUAACUGAAAGAGGUGGUUUGAAAAAGUCUAAUUUGAGCACUGUUGGUGUGGAUAUUUGUGAUUGGAAAUAUGGAAAGAAGCCUAUUAAAUUCAGUACUUGGGAUUUUGGUGGCCAGAGUGAGUACUAUGCAACUCAUCAAUGCUUUUUAUCUCAACGUGCCAUUUAUUUACUAAUAUGUCGUCUUACAGAUGAGUUAUUUGGAGUUCUACAUUUAGAGUCAUGGCUUUUGAAUAUUCAGGCACGUGCUCCAAAUGCUACUGUAAUAAUAGUUGGAACGCACGCAGAUCAAGUUGACAAAUCUUGCCAUGAAAAUUUUAAAGAAUCAAUUAAAAAAAUGUUUAUGUUUAUUAAAAAUGGUGAAAAAAAUGUAGAUCAUCAAGAUUUUGGUUUACCUCGUGUUGUAGAUGUUAUUGAAGUAAGUUGCACCUCUGGCUACAAUAUUCAAGAACUUCGUGAUCGCAUAUAUGAUGCUGCUAAGAAUAUAAAGGAACAAGGAAGUGAAGAGUAUAACAUACUGGAUCAACCUAUCCCUGCAUCAUACAUUGCUGUUGAAAAAGCAGUUUCUUCAAUUGCUUUGGAAAUGAAGGAUGCCAUGCCUGUUCUUAACACAAAAGAUUUUAGAUCAAAAGUCUUUGACCAACUUCGUAUUCAAAAAGCAGAGUUAAAAAAUGGAGUUGAAGAGCUUAACCAAGCUGUCCAGUUUCUUCAUGAUUAUGGUACCCUGUUACAUUUCGAUGAUCCCAAUUUAAAUGAUUUUUAUUUUAUCAAUCCACAAUGGUUUUGUGACCUUUUAGCCCAUAUUGUUACUAUCAAAAGUGUCAAUCCAUGUAUCAAAAAUGGUGUGAUAAAAAUAAGUGAUCUGAAAGAACAAAUCUUUCGUGGUGAAUACCAGUUUCCUUCAUCCAUGGUACCUAAAUAUGUUGAACUCCUAAACAAGUUUGAUAUUGCCAUAAAAAUACAAGACGAAUAUUUACUUGUUCCUUCUGAAUUACCUGACAAACAGAAAGAUUGCAUUAUUAUAGCUGAAAACCAAUCUUCCUUGUUGAAAUAUCCGAUGAAUUUAAACGCAUCCUUACCUCAAGCAGUUUUUCGAAGACAAUACUUGUUAACAUACAUACCAAGUGGAUUAUGGGCAAGGUUGCUUACAAGGAUGAUAGCUGAUAGUCGAAUUUCUAAAAUUGUAGCUUCGUGUUGCGAUAUUCAUUGUUCUAAUGAUAUGAAUACUAAGCAACCCCAAUUUGAAAAUGAAAUUUUUAUGAAAGUAGCACAGCCUGAAUGGGUAUGUUGGAAAACUGGUAUUGAACUGUCUUGUUUUGGAAUAAAACUGCUAAGAGUUUCUCAACUUGAACCAGAAGUACCUUUUUAUGGAUCACACUCCACAUCAGCAUGUGUUUUUGUUAAGAAUACCAUCGUAGGUUCAUCAAAAAGAGUUGCAAUUGAGAUCACAGCUCCCGGCAUCACAUUAAUUAUUGAUAAAUUUGUUUUGAACCAACACCAUCAGUCAAAAUCGCAAGAUGAGUUAACAAUUGGUUUUUGUGUAAAAAGUGUACAUUAUAAUGCUCAGUUGAAUGCUUGUAAAUUGUUUGUCCUUACUAUUGAACAUAUUGAUACCUUGCUUGCAGAGUGGUAUCCCCAACUUGAUAACUUUAUUGAUCUUCAUGGAAUGAAUGCAGUUAGAAGAGUUUCAUUUUGCAGUAAAUGUAUAGAAAGUGCCAUUCAGAUUUCAAAUAAUGCACUACGAGAUUUUCUCAACAGCACAUUUUCUACAGAUUUCUUAGGUGAUCUUUCCGAAAAAGAAAUUUCACAGCUUAUGUUUAUUCAUGAAUCUAAAAAAGACUGUAUAGUUGCUUUUGAACUGGAACAAGGUUCUCAGUAUUUAAAUGAGAAUAAGGACCUGGUUUGUCCUAUUCAUAAUGUUAUUGACAUAAAAACAACAUUUCCAGAUCUGGUCUUUCUUGACGUUGAUCCAGAUUAUGUUUUUAAUGAUGGUAUGGUUAAUCAAGGAAAAUUCAUUGCUAGUGGAGCAUUUGGCCAUGUUUUUGAAGCUGAAAUAAAGUGUGGAAACUCAUUUGUUUCAUCUGCAAUGAAGAUUCCAGAAAAAUUACCAACUAGUGGUUUGUCAUCAUAUUCGGCUUACAAGAAUAUUCGUCAAGAAGUUUCUAUUAUCCUUUCUUUACAUCAUGACCACAUUGUAAGAUUUUUGGGAGUGUCUUCAAAACCAUUUGCAUUGUUUUUAGAAUUAGUACCUAAAGGUGCUCUUAAAAAAUGUCUCCUUGAUUUUUCAAGUGCUGGUAAAAGACUCACUACUCUUACUGUUACUGAAUCUCUCAAGCAGAUCAGUUCUGCUCUAAAGUUCCUUCACUCUCAAGGAAUUAUUUACCGAGAUUUAAAGUGUGAUAACACGCUUGUUCGAAAGUUUCCAGAUCCUUCUAAUGAUUCCUCAAUAUCACAAGUCCAUUUGCUUUUAACUGAUUAUGGAGUUAGUCGAUCUGUGUUUAUUGGUGGAAGUAAAGGGAAUCAAGGCACUCCAGGAUACAUAGCUCCAGAGAUUUCAAAGUAUACAGGCAAAGAAAUUUAUUCUGAAAAAGUUGAUUGCUUUUCAUUUGGUUCUUUUAUUUAUGAGUUAUUAUCUCUCCAUCAACCUUAUGAUCAUGUUUCCCAAAUGCAUAUAAUCAAGCAAAAUAUUGAAGAUGGGAAAAGACCAAAACUGACAAAGACGGAAAGUAAAUAUCCUGCAUUAAUUCUCUCUUUGUUGUAUCAGUGUUGGUCACACAACCCUGAUCACCGACCAUCUGCAUCUGAAAUCAAUAGCUUAACAUCAUUAAAUGAAUUUCAAUCUCUUCUGGAUAUUUUAGAAUUAGGAAAACAUUUUCAUUUGCAAUGCAUAGCCACUAGCAGCCAAUGUAUGAAUAAUCAAAAUUUAACCUCUAGUCGUUGUCAGAUUGGUUCUUGUAUCUGGUUUUGUGGUAGUUUGAAUAAUCGUCCUGAAGGUGUUGUUACAGUUUUUACUUACAAUGAUUUUAAGUACAACCAUAAACUAAAUCUUCAAUUAAAAGAAAAGGUUUUAGUGGCUUGUCCUGUAGGUGGUUCCAUGUGGUUGGGAACUAAUGAAGGAUCAAUUAAAGUUUAUUGUGCAACAACUUUAAAGUUAAUUGCUGUAGGGAUUUUCUUUGAGAAUGAAAGUAUACUUUGUAUUGAACAUUUUCCUAUGUUUAACCGUGUCAUUAUAACAUGUUCUAAUGGUGCUGUUUUUUAUUUUUCUGAUAAUCUUGAUUCAUAUUGCAAUGAAAAGUAUGAUAAUGAUUUGUCCUCCUCUAUUCAUCCUUGUGCAAAGAUUGUCAAACUUUUUCCUUUAAAGAGCUUUUUUUUUAAACAUCCAAUCUAUUCCAUGGCUAUUGUACCCACAACUAACAGCUCAGCUGAAUUCGAAAUAUGGUGUGGGCAAGAAAAUGGAAAGGUUACUAUUUUAAAUGCAAAUACAAUGGCUUCACUUCAGAUUAUUUCAAUAAAAAAAAAAGAUUUAGAAACUAAAUUAUAUUCAACUGUCACUUUUUUGGAAACGCCUCAAGCUUAUGAUUUAUUUACUAAGAAACAAGAUCAUAUUUGGAUUGCUACUUUUCGUGGAACUCAAGUUGAAAAGUGGAAUGUAAAUACUCGACGAAUUGAAAACAUAUUUUAUACAAGUCAGCAUGUUGUUUCACUUACUUUAAAUUGUUCCGAGACUUCAGAGAAAUCAAAAACAACAAGAAUUUGCGAUGCUUAUAUUCAGUCUGUUGUUAUUGUCGAGAACAACAUGUACGUUGGAACCUCAUCCGGAUCAUUUUAUAUAUGUGACGCGCAAACGAUGGUUCCACAUACUUGGUUAAAAUGUUACAAAGAGUUAAUAAAUUUUAUUAUUCCUUUUCGUAUGAAAACUGGUGCUAAUGGCGAAAACGAAGAAAAACUCAUCUUAACUUGCGGACAAAAUUACCUGGACCAAUGGUGGCGCAAAACUGAUCAUAUCGAUUCUAAUAAUACUUCUAGUGCAGAAAUGACAGUGUUAAUAUGGGAUGCAAAAAAAUUAUGAUCGUUACAAGACAAUAUUUUUACUCUAUAGCUAUAAUUUAAAAUCUUUAGUUUAUAUUUUUUAACAAUAAAAAGUAUUUUUAAAAUGUUUUUAAUAAUUAAUAUUUUAUAAGUUAUAUUUUAAAUGUUUAUCAU